UGAGCCAAAGAAUUGCGGCAGGAGGUAGACACAGUUCAUCAAAUCAAUUCAGUCUGCUUACCAGUAGUACGGUGGAAUUGCAGGGCACCGCUUCAUGCACAGCCUUUAUUUUUGAGUUUGCCCCACCAUCAUCAAUGGUAAUAAGAGCAUAGAGGAUCUACAAUCUGGUCAUCGUCUGAUCUCAUAAUUUAUCUCUGAAGGCUAUGAUUCUUUCCUUUGGCUCUCGAAAGAAAAGAGAUAUUCGUUCUGGUGCUGAGACUAUUACCCUUGAGCGUAUGCCAUCCAACGGAGACAACAAUAAGAAGUUUGCACUAUCGAAAGUAGAAGGAGUCGCGGCCUAUCCCAUGCAAAGGUCAGGAUCAUCAGCUGAAGAAGAGACGACAGAGACUGGAUUGAGCGCAGCAAGUAUGCCAGAGCAAGAGCAGCCCGGUGCAAUGGGAAUCAUCCAUGACCCCACCAAGAUGGGCAGCCCCCAAGAAGCCAUUCAGCAAUACAAGCCCGAGCCAAAGCCAAGCGCUGGUGCUCUGCGCUUGCCCGACAAGAUCAUGGCCAUCCUCCUUCGUGAGGAAGCCCCGGAUGCCAUUUGGUGGCUUCAAAAGGGCACAGCCUUUGCCAUGCAAAAGGAGAAGUUUCAGGCAAUGAUCUUGGACAAACACUUUCGUGGAAACAAGUUCAAGUCACUUGUCAGGAAUCUUCACCGAUGGGGGUUCAAACGAAUGACUUGCGACACGUCUGCCUCGGGAAAGACCAUUGCCUUUAGUCAUAAGUGCUUUCGUAAGGACAAACCAGAGCUUGUCAAGCUCAUCCAAAUCACAAAGGAGAAGGACAACAGCACAGCAGCGAAAGCCCGAGACAGUCGCAGACAGGCACUUCAAGCGGUUCUUCCUUCGGCGCCCCCCACUGCCUUGCGCUUGUCGCCUUCGGUGGGCCCUCUCCGCGAGGAGGGACUUGGAGGAGGAGUGGCUGCGACCCGAGGGCUUUUGGGAUCUCCGUCUUCGCAGACAACGACCCACCAGCAGGCUCCAUCCUUGGCGUCUUUGGUGGCGGCAGAGCAUCACCAUAACCUCUCAAGUCAUGGACCAGAGUCCUUGUUGCAUUCUCUGUCCAACGAGUGGCGCGCGGAUCGUUCGUCAGGAGCCCCGGCUCCAUCAGGACUUGGUGGCCAUGGUCUCGCGGCGUUGGACCGUUCCCAACUGGCCCUGAGUAGUAACCGAGAACAGGCGGCCUUGCUAGCACGGAUGGGACUUCCCGAACAGGACAAUCGUACUGAUCAGAUGAGACCAAGUGGCGGCUUGUUGGAGAGGCAACGUUUGGGUUCCGUCUUGCAGCGGCAGCAAUCAGAAGGAAGCGCCUUUGAGCGAGCGGCUCGCGAUCAACACAUGAGGGAUUCCGUUCUGCAACAGCAUCUAGCUGCCUCCCUACCAGAUACUACUGCUCAGGCUCGUCUACUCCUUCAGCAGCGGAUUUCGGGACGCGCGUCUCUGACUGGCAACGUUGGACUGUUUCAGAAUCAACAUCAUCAUGGAGUCAACCCAUUGCUCCCAAGUACCAGCAUGAGUUCACAGCUCAUAUCUCAAUUGACGGGAGCUGGUCCCGUCGCUCCACCCAUGCCUGGUGCCCUUCACCACGGUGCUGCAACCGGUCUGGAAAACUCCCUCCUCCUGGCCAGGCGAAACCAGGCGUCAUUGCAUCAGCACGGAAGUGGCCGUGAAGGGACCCAGAGAGUUGCUCCUCAGCAAGACGGAAACAAUGCGGCAGCCCUAACCUCCGAGGAGCUGCUCUACCUGGCGGAACUUCGGAGACGCGGGCUGGAGUAGAGCCCCUUUGUGAGAGAGCGACCACUCCAAGUGGCCGUGUUUUAGGGGUUGCUGAGCGGUGCGGGGUUGAGUUCGACUGCACUGCCAGCUAGCAGGUGACAGAGAUAGGAACAUGGCACCAGGCAGCAGAGAAGAAGACUCGAGAGCUAUCCUACUUCAUCAUAACUUCAUAGAUAAUUUUACUAGUGU